AUGAAAUUCGUGAUCCUCGCCUGCGUGACCGCCGUGGCGGUUGCCGCCCCCCAAUAUGCCUACGAGACCCCAGCCCCGACCUACCUCGUCCCCGCCGCCUCCAGCCGCGAUGAGUCCGCUGAGGUGAUCGAAUUCAUUCCUAUCCUGAGGGACGAUCGCGUCCACGAGGACGACGGAAGGUACAACCUGGACGUGGAGACUGCCAACGGAAUCUCCAUGUCCCAGUCCGGCUCUCCUGACGGUCCCGACGGCGCCAUCGUUAAAGCAGGGCAAUACUCUUACACCGCACCUGACGGUUCUCUGAUCGAGAUCAAGUUCGUAGCCAACGAGAACGGUUUCCAGCCCCAGGGCGCCCACCUGCCCGUGGCUCCCGAGUUCCCCCACCCUAUCCCUCAGUUCGUCCUGGACCAAAUCGCCUUCGCCGCCGAGGAAGACGCCGCCCGUGAACGUGCUGAGGCUCAGGCUUCCGCCCCCGCGCCCACCAGGCUGUACGGCCAGCCUCAGUAUCAAGAAUUAGGCUCCAAGGACACUCCUGGCCAAACCGUCGAAUGGUCGCCCAGGAUAAAGGUCACUCAAGGACUAUAUAAACUCGGCCAUUCAAGUGAGGGUAUCAGUCGCUAA